AUGAUUAACAAGCUUGUGAACAAAGCACAUAGCUCAUUGAUGCCUCUCUUACGGAAGAGAGUAUUGUUUUUUGUGGUGUUAACUCUUGGAAUUUUGAUGUUUAUCCAAGUCGUUCUUUUUAAAAGUUACUUGUCAAACAAAACUCAACAACACAGUGACAAGUUGAAUUUACAUAAUUCGGAAGUUUUUGUGCAGACUGAAAACAUAAAUUCUGGACAUGUGAACAUUCAUACUGAUGCUCCGAUUGACGAUGAAGACACUCCGAUGAUUGAAAAUACUCCAAAAACCAAUCUCGGUAUUACGGAGAGACAUCAAGACGAUCAUGACAACAACGUUGUCUCUCAGAGUACAAGUCAUUCCACUCAAAUUACUCAUAACGACAUUCCUCAAGAGCAACCAGAAAUUGAUCCUGCUUCAAUCAACUCUCUUUCUACAACAAAAAAGACAAACCUCGAGAAGGUCAAGAAGCAAGUGAAAAGACCAUCAUCAUCAUCAGGAGCGUCACUCAUUGAUUCUGAAUCGGAAUUGACAUUACCAUCUCAAUCUCUCACCCCACCACCUGCCAAUGAUAUUCAAGUAACUCCAAAGAAGGAAAAGAAGCAAUUAUCAAAGAAACCUACAAAUAUUCCUACCGUUCACUAUCUCUUUAUGUGUGAUAGAAAUGAACUCAGCAACAACAACAACUGUAUGAGUGACGAGGAGUGGAUUUCAAAAAUUAAGAAUCAAGUACCCAAUGAUGUCAAAAUGCAACAGCCAACAGAUUCAUCAAGAGAUCAAAAUAUCAAAGUGAAUUUUGUCUUAUUCAGUACCAGUGAUCGACCUCCAUCUCAAAUCAAGGAUGAUUCCUCAAAACAAAUGCAAUUUGUGCAAAUUGUGGAAAAUAAUAUUCAAAAAACAGUGAACAAUUAUGUGAAAGAAAUGGUUAAGGAUGAUUAUGACAUGAUUGUUUUCAUUCAUGGCAAUUCUUUUCCGAUAUCAUUUAGUUACUAUCAAACUUGGGACAUGUUAGACGAGAUGGAUCAAGUAGGAAGUAUUACCAUUCUUUCAAAAACUGCCAAGAUAAAAACUGUGGGUUGGAAUAUAAGAGCUCGAUCGUGUGAUGGAAAAUCUAAAGCAUUCUCUCUGGUGAAGCAUCUUGCAGGAUAUGAUGUCACUAUAUUCUCUGAUUACAAUUUAAAUAAGAAUGGAAAUCCAAAGCAUGCAAAAUCAAGAUUCGAUGACGACGUUGAUAUUUUCCUUCCUGAUUUUAAUGGACUCUCCAUGUUGAAAAAGACCUUCAUUUCAGUUCAAGGAUUCAAUGAAAAACUUCAUAAGGACUAUGCUCUUGAUUUAAUGUUGAAGGUGUCAAAGAAUUCAUUCAGCUCUCUAUUUUCUUUGGACAAUAUCAUUCAAAGCUUUGAUCAUUCUGCUGAGGAUGAGGAAAUUGUGUUUAGAAAUGAGAAAGAAGUGUCACAAAGAUGUGGUAACAGUCCAUCAUCGGCCCGUUCUGCUGAAGCCUCUCUCCACUCAGUCUACUAUGAAACGAUGAUGAGUACGUUCAAUGAUCGACUAUUUUUGAGAAAUGUUGAAUUAGUAUAUACCAUUACUUCACUCGACUCUACCAUUCUUCAAGAGGCUGCAACAAAUUUGGCUGCUCUGGAAGGAAAAGUAAUGAUUACAUUGAAGGUACCUCAAGAUCUUGAAAAUAAUGCAAUUUCACUGUCCAAACAGAUUGAACAUCUUGCACCACAUGUUAGAAAUGUAAUGAAUAGAAUUGAGAGCAUGUCAUUCGUCCAAGCACAAGCUACCAAUACCAAUCAAAAGGUCUACUUUAACCACGGAAAUCCACCUCAGUUUUCAUGCCCCACUGGUUCCUCAUUGUGCAUUGGAAAAACUGCCAUCAAGCCAUCCUCAGAAACAAAAAUUCCAAGUGAUUGGGUCAAGUCUUGCAAUUCAGCAGUGGAUCAAGUUUGGGUCUCUUCCAAAUUUUCGUUUGAAGUGUUGAGGAGUGCUGGUGUUAAAAAGAAGAAACUUGUGUUUGUACCAACAGGAAUUGAUACAAAAAUGCUUAGACCAAGAGUUAAAUUUCCCAAUUCAAAAUCUGCUUCUUCUGGCAAUAUGUUCAAAUUCUUGACUAUAUUGGAUUGGAAUAACAAGAGUGCUCGAGAUGUGUUAUUAAAGGCCUUCAUCGAUGCUUUCUCUUGGAACGACAAGGUCUCACUCACCAUCAAACCCAUACAACCUCUUCAAACACGAGCAAGUUCACAGCAACUCUUACAAGACGUUAUUAACUCGUUAAAUGUCACCAAAAACGAUAUCACCACUCUACCACGAAUUGAACUUCUCUCUGUGAAUAUUCCUGCAUCUAAAAUGCCAGAAUUUUAUCAAAGAUUUGAUGCAUUCGUCAUGCCUGGAGAGAUUGAACAAGUAUCUACCUUGUUAGAAGCCAUGGCCUCUGGUCUAAUCACAAUUGCUCCUGAAAGCAUGGACACUCUCGACUUUAUGAAUGAAGCCAAUAGUUUCCUCCUUCCUGAUGCAUCAUCUUCAGCAAGAACAACCACUCAAUAUACCACCACGUAUUACCUCUCCGAAACAUUUUCCUACCUUCUCAAGAAUAGGAAGCAACUUGAGGAGGAGAUGAGUCAGAGAGCCCGACUCGAUAUGUUGGAUUUCUAUGAUCAGAGUACGGUGAUUCGGGAAUUCUGGUUGGAACGAAUGGAUCCAUAUGUUGGAGAGGGGCAUGAAGAAGAAGAAUCCCGAUCUUCCUCCUUCACUACUCAACAAAAAGGAGAAGACAAUAUUCAGAAAGACUUGAAGGUUUCAUUCAAACAACAACUACAACAACAGAACAACAACAACAUUCAACCCAAAGUAGAAUAG